CUAAGGAAAGCGCAGCUGGGGCUGCCGUACUCCUUCUCAACUAAAAACACACUAAAUACAGUAUCAACACUCCAGCCAUACUAUAUAUUAGUGCACAUAUAUGUUUUUAGCCCUAAGGUGCGUCGGCAGGAUCCGUGCCGUUUUUAGUCUAUGCCGAGUCCAGCUUUCCAAGCGGGAAGGUGGAGAAUAAGAGGCAAAAAGAAGGAGAAAAAAAAACUUCUUUCGGCGAGCGGUUUCGGGACAGAUUUUAGAAGUGAACUUCGCCAGAAGAGCGCAAUCCUUUAGGCACGUCUUCGUCAAGCAGGAAAAGAUAUAAACUAUUAUUAACAAUAAAGUAAGAGAAAGAAGACGAGAACGACGAGAAGGAAGGAAGAAAGAAAGAAGCACACAAGAAAUAAUAAAGAAAAGGCUCUCCGAUCACGAGACUUUGAGGAAUGAGAAGUCGUCAUGGAAGCCCCGUCCCAGGCCAGUUCCGCAGCUGAGAAGAAGAAGAGGGUGGAGACCGUCGUGGCAACCAAGGGUUCCUCCAACCGAGGUGACAUCAGUGAGAAGGCAGUGGCCUCCAGCACGACAUCCAAUGAAGAUGAGAGUCCGGGCCCCCCCUGCCACCGGGAGCGCCGCAACGCCAUGGCCGGCGCCAAGCUGGGCGAGGAGCCAUCCACGUCCACCGAAGAGCGCCCCCCGCUGGUGAAGAAGGAAACGCACAGCUCGCUGCCCCACCUGCCCGAGCACGCGCUGCCCUACCGGGGCGCCUUCUUCGCGGACCCACAGUACCUGGACUCCCAUUAUCCUCCUCCUCAGUUCUUCCCCGCCUUCCACCCGCCGGUGCCUAUCGACGACCGCCAUGCCCAGGGCCGCUACAUAUACGAGCCAUCACCCAUCCCUCCGCUACAUGUGCCACCUGCACUGGCUGGAAGCCCAGCAUUCUCAGACAUCUCGCUCAUCCGAAUCUCACCGCACCGGAACCCCUCAGUGGGUGCGGAGUCACCGUUCAAUCCGCCCCACCCGUACAUCAACCCCUACAUGGACUACAUUCGCACCUUGCACAGCAGUCCCUCGCUCUCAAUGAUCGCCGCCCCCCGGGGACUGAGCCAAGCUGAUGUGCCCCCUACUGGUCUGAGCACGGCAGAGUACUACCAUCAGAUGGCGCUAUUGAGGAGUCAGUGCAGCUCGUACGCAGACCUCAUCCCCUCUGUUGUGUCGACAGCCGGGACAGGAGCGGGGGCCCUCCAUAUGGAUUACCUGGACGGUGAGAGCAAGCUGGCCGCGAAGGGCUGCCACCCACACCCCGCCCUGAGUUUUGCAUACCCCCCCACGCCCAUGACGCUGCAGAUGCACCCGCAGCUGAUUGGACGCCAGCCUACCAUCGUUGGCUCUGCGUUUGGCCACAGCCCCCCCCUUAUCCACCCGGCCCCUGCUUUCGCUGCCCAGCGGCCAAUCCCGGGCAUGGUGCCCACCGGGCUGGGGUCCGUGGAGAGAAAUUCGGCCCCCACAGAUUCCUCACAGAGCAAACCUACCAGCGAGUCGGCCGUGAGCAGCACCGGAGACCCCAUGCAUCACAAGCGCUCCAGGAUCAAGCCGGACGAGGAGCCGCCCAGUCCUGGGGGGGGCAGCGUGCAGGAGCAGACGGAGGGAGUGACCCUGGUGAAGGAGGAGGGUGAUAAGGAGGAGGGGAAGCAGGAGCCUGAGGUGGUCUACGAGACCAACUGCCACUGGGAGGGGUGCUGUAGGGAGUUUGACACCCAGGAGCAGCUGGUGCAUCACAUCAACAACGACCACAUCCACGGGGAGAAGAAGGAGUUUGUGUGCCGCUGGGAGGAGUGUUCGCGGGAACAGAAGCCCUUCAAGGCCCAGUACAUGCUGGUGGUGCACAUGCGGAGGCACACGGGCGAGAAGCCACACAAGUGCACGUUCGAAGGCUGCACCAAGGCCUAUUCACGGCUGGAGAACCUGAAGACCCACUUGCGCUCGCACACGGGCGAGAAGCCGUACGUCUGUGAGCACGAAGGCUGCAACAAGGCCUUCUCCAACGCCUCAGACCGGGCCAAGCACCAGAACCGCACGCACUCUAACGAGAAACCAUAUGUCUGCAAGAUCCCGGGCUGCACCAAGCGCUACACGGACCCCAGCUCGCUACGCAAGCAUGUGAAGACCGUGCAUGGGCCUGAGGCUCACGUCACUAAGAAGCAGCGUGGCGACACGCAUCCCCGGCCCCCAGCCCAGCCCAGGGAGCCCCAGCCGCCAGGCCCUGGGGGCUACCCGGAGCAGCGGGAGUACGGGCGUUCCCUCAAGCAGGAUGAGUGCCUUCAGGUCAAGUCCAUAAAAACCGAGAAGCCCAUGGCGUCUCAGUCAAGCCCUGGCGGUCAGUCUACAUGCGGCGGUGACCAGCCCCCCCUCCGCGCCCAUUCCCGCGGUCCCGUCCAGCUUGCUGUGAGCCGGGGUGGCGCCGCCGUCCAUGAGGACGGAGGAGGCGGGGCCGGGGAGGACGAGGAUGACGAGGAGGAGGAGCUGGAGGAGGAUGACGGGGCCCCCAUGGUGGACUCCACUGUGUCCGCCGGUGGCUCCCCUGCAGUGGCGUUGCGGUCCUGCCGUGCCGCUGGCCGUCCGCUGCGCUGGAUGGAGCGCGUUAAAAUGGAGAGGCUCAAGCAGGUCAAUGGCGCCCUGCCCCGCGUCGUCCCGCACUCCCCCUCGCCGCCGCCCACAGGCCCCGCGCUCCCUCCCAUCAUAGGCAACGGCUCAUAUCUCGGCCGCAAUGGGGGGGCGCCCCUGCGCCCAGAGCUACCCGACGGUGAGCUGACCAUGCUGAGCCUGCUGAAGGACCGGCGUGACAGCGGGGGCAGUGCCACCAGCUCCGCCUACCUGAGCUCCAGCCGCCGCUCCUCCGGUGCGUCGCCGUGUUUCUCUAGCCGCCGCUCCAGCCAGACCUCGCAGGGCGAGACGGGCCUCCGUCGGCGACGCCACAACCUCAGCGCCACUGACUCCUAUGAUCCCAUCUCCACUGACGCAUCACGACGCUCCAGCGAGGCCAGUCAGUGUGGAGGCGGGGGAAGUGGUGGGUUGUGGAGCGGCACUAGCCCUGGGGGGGGUCUGGGGGGGCUUCUCAGCCUCACCCCCGCCCAGCACUACCGCCUGAAGGCGAGGUAUGCAGCUGCUACAGGCGGGCCGCCCCCCACCCCUCUGCCCAGCAUGGAGAGGAUGAGCCUGAAGACCCGCGUGGCUAUGAUAGGUGACUUUCCGGAAGGGGGCCACCACACACUGCCCCCGCUGGUGUCACCGUGCCGGCGCAGCGAUGGUGCCACCAACGGCUACGGCGGGGGGUGCGCGGGAUAUGGCCGCAGGAGCUACUUCCCCCAGGAGAUCCCAGGAAAUGGAGAGCGGAGGGCCAGCGACCCUGUGCGGACUCAGUCCUUGGAGCCCUUGAGCCUGCCCCGGGUCCAGCGCUUCAAUAGCCUCAACAAUGUACGUCCCCUGCCCAACCUCGGCAGCCCCCAGUUCCCAGGGACGGGAGCUCGGAAUGCUGGCCUGCCAAGCUACACUGGCUCGGAUGGAAAUCCGCGACAUGGCCUCCCGUCUCCGUGCCCACCCAGCAUCAGUGAGAACCAGGCGCUGGAGGCCCUAGCCAUGGAAGAGGACGUCCGGGGCCUCCACCUGAGCGAUGAGGACGUGUUCCCAGAUGACCUGGUGCAGUAUCUCAGCUCACAGGAGCGGGUGGGAGUGUUUGACAGCCAGGAAGGUGGCUUCAGUGACUACUCCCUGUACCCUCAGUUUCCUGGUCUCCCAAAAGUUUCUGGCCCAUCGCAGGGUUCGACUUACCCAAGCCCAAGACAGAGGGAGACAGUAGAUGGCAGUGAUGGGAUGCCCAUCCAGUGGAACGAGGUCAGCUCAGGGAGUGCAGACAGGUCCCCAGCGAAGUUGCAGCAGAGGUGCGCCCGCUGGCCGCCAUCAGAGCAGCCUGCCAGCGAUCAUCAGUUCAGGGUGUUCGGUAACAUGAUGGUCCAACAGCAGCAACAGCAGCCAUUAGGUGGCUCCGGCGACCAUCAAGAUGCUUAUCCUCUGCAGCAAACCGACUUCCAGGAUACAAGCAGCAUUGACAUGGGUGUACCUCUUAGAAGAGCUACGAAGGCAGGUCAGGGGCAAGCGUGCAGAGUGAGCAUGAGCAAGGUGGAUAUAUCUUCUAUGUCCUACCCAGAGAUGCUCAAGAAUGGCCUACCAUAUGGCUACAUCCAGACCAAGGUUUCCCACAGCCUUUUGGGAGCCACACAGCAGGUCUGUCAAGGUCUGCAACCGUACAUCAAAGCACAAGCUGCCUUGCAGGAGAAACAUCCUGCAAGUCGGCAAGAUGGCCUCUUCCAAGCAACUGGGAUCAAUCUCCCCUCCCAGAUCCACCUUGCCCAUAAGCCACUAAAUGCGGAUGCAGGCUCGACCAGACAACUGCCACAACUGCAGCACUACAGCAGCACGUUGAGUGACAGCAGUACCGCCCUUGGCCAGCAACAGUGCAUGGUGAAUGGGAGUGGCGCAAACGGCUCGCUCUCCACCCAGGUGUCGCAGUUGAAGCUGGAGGCUCCAGAAAACCUUGAGGCAAACUCCUGCUCAAAGGUGCAGCAGCAGUCCAGCUUCCUGGAGCAAGGCCUUGAGGAUAAUCGACUGUGCUUCGACCCGGCAGAACUCAAGGUGCCACCCUUCCCCAUCCCUGAGGACCACUGUCUUCUGGAGACGAUGGCUGGUGAGCCGGCAUCCACAGGUGGCCCAGCUCUGCUCUCCCCGGGGGAGGAUCAGGUGACCAGCACAGUGGGUAGUGGAUCUGAUAUCCUGGACAACAUGCUGCUGGACUUUGAAGCCAUCCUGGAUGAUGGGUACGACCAGGACAGCCUGGUUUCCGGGUUCAUCGGCUCCGGAGUCUUGCAAAACCUCUCUCGGAACUCAUCUAGGCUCACGACGCCGCAUGCUUCCAUGGCAUUCCACGGCUUGCCCACCGGCCACAACAAUAUGGCUAUCGGGGACAUGAGCUCCCUCCUAACCACACUCGCGGAGGAGAGUAAAUUCCUGGCCGUCAUGCAAUAGCCGUUCUGUCCUGUGGGCAAAUGGACAAGAGAAACAAAAAAGAACUUUUGACAUAUAAACCUAGGAAAUGAGACUGAAACACAUUUUAUUUUUUACUCAUCUCAUCCCUGAGAGACAGGGAUGUGUUACACUUAUAUAUUCCUUUUCUGGAAUGAAGGCUAUUUUUGAAGCCCUUCUUUUGUAUAGUUUCAUCAUAAUGACGUUGGGGAGGGGCUUAGGUCUUCUACCCAUCCGUUUCAUUCAGUAUUCUGUGUUUUUCUUUUCUUGUAAACUGUUGGUGUAAAUGCAUGUGCUAAUCAAACUCAAAUAUAAACAUGUAAUCCACGUGCAGUGCACCUGCCAAGGGCACAAUCGACCAAGGGUGAAAACUCCAUGUAUAUCUGUCCAGAAAACUUCGGGUAAACAGGUUAAAAAAAAACGGGUUUGCUUACAUUCGACUGGGACCCCAGAGAAUGAUCUGCACUAUACUGUAUAUUCUUUAUUGGCGUUAUUGUUUUCCGUGCUUCCUGUUUUGGAACGGUCAGUGUGAUUUUAUCGCGUCUUCCAAGUGAUGCCAUCUUCUAAAUGUUCAGUUUGGGUAUGAAGUCCAAGAAACACAGGACCAUUAUACACUCACCAGUUUUGCAAACGCGUCACAACAUCAUACAUUGAUGCAUGCUUUAAAGACUUCAACAGUCUGUAUAGCUAUCUACAUGUAUAUAAUGCUUUUCUACAUUCUUGGGGAAAAUCAUAUAUAUAACUACACUUUUACAUUAUAUUUUCUUUCUUGUCUUAUAAUUCUGGUUCUAACCAUCUGGAAGCGCUGAAAUGCUUUCUUAAAAGACUAUUCAUGUGUGUUCACCUAAUUAUCGUUGAUUUUACAAAAAAAAAAACAGCUAAAAAAUUUGAAGAGUCAUGUACAGAUCACUCUUAAUAUAUUGCAAUUCUGCAAUAUGUUUAAAUGGGAUUUCCCUUAAGGAAACAGGAAGCAAAAAAUAUAUAUAUUCAUACAUUUAUUAUGUAUGUUAAGCAGCAUUUCAACGACGGAAAAUGCAAUGACAUGUCUACACGUUGAGAUUUUUGUUGAUUCCACAGUUAAUCUUCUGUAAUAUUUUCAGUUCUUGACUUGUAGAGGAGUGCUGAUCGCUGUAAAAUUGUAUGACGUUAGUUAGAAAUCAUCCAAAUUGUGUUUCUUACGAAUACCUCCUUUGCGUUACUGUGAGUGAACACAAAAUACCCAACUUGAGUACUGAGUCUUCAAAAUCUAUUUGGAUGUAGUUGUAAGGGGGCUAAGCCAAGUACUGGCAUGAAAUUCUGUUAAAAAUCAUACUUGUACUACUAUUGUAUUAUUUUUGAAGCUUUCUUUUAAUCAAAAAUAUUAGGUACUGAUUUUUUUUGCUUUAAUUGUACUUAGAAUUCUGUGUGUUAUUUGAAAAAGUGUUCCCUGAGGAAAGGAGUGAGAUAGAGAUAGUUAUAAGGUAUUGUGCCUUAUUGCUGUGUACGAUGUCUGAGAGGAUAAACACUGCCAAACCUAUAAAGUGUUAAAAUGGUGCAAAAUUUCAAAAAUCGUAGACAACAGUAACUGUGUAAAAAAAGCAAAUGGAUUGUCACUCUGUUGGUAAAUUAUUGUGGUUAAAUAUGUAAAAAUACUUGCUUUUUUAGUGUUUUUUUUUUUUUUUCAAAAGUUCUGAUUUAAACUUAUUGCAUUUCUUGUCUCUGUUUUUUAAAUGUGUAAAUAAGUUCUGCUGUCUUUAGGUAUGGCAGAGACCUAAAGAAGUAUUGGGAAGGGGGGGGGGCAAUGACUUUUAUAGUUGGGACCCCGUGACUUUUAGUGUUAGUCCGGGCAGAAGUGACUGUAGCAGGAACGCAUUACACAAACAUUUACCAGCAGAACCACUUAGCUCUUUUAUAACAGACAAGAGAAUUUGUAUGAUUUUAAUAAAAAAAAAAUGAAGUUGUACUUGAA